AUGAACAGCCAGGCUCAGCUCAACCCGACCAAGCUCUCUAUUCUUUCGGUUCCGCGGACUAGAUACUGGAUCUUUGUAAGCUCUAUACUAUGUCUUCUCUACCAAGAAUCUGCAAAGGGAGACGAAGGUGACUCACUGUGCGAAUCAGAUGAAGAUUCUGAUAAUCCUAUGGGCUUUGGGGGCAACCUGAGAGAGGGCACACCUGUAGACAAUUUGUCUAGGCAGGGGAAAAACUCGAAUGAAAGUGACUCUGAUUCUGAAAGUUCACUUGAAAUACAAGAUAAUGACUACGACGACCAAGACAACUAUUUCUUCCAUAUAGCAUUCACGCCCGAAGAGUGUACUAUAAUAUGCUCCAAAUCAAAGGCUGACAAGCUUUUCCGAAAACCCUUACAACUUUGCCAACAAUUAGGCUACAAUGACGUGCAAUUGAUCCAUGAAACCUAUAUAAAUCUUCAAAUGGACAGCGAUGGAUCUGACAAAAGUCUGCAAAUUAUCAAGCUCACGCAGCCAUUAUCGGAGAACGGCAUCUCUCUAUUUUUCAUAUCGAGUCAUUUUGGCGAUAUUGUGUUAAUUCCCCAUCGAUAUAAGGAAAAAGUAUUGGAUAUUUUGACAGAAAAAAGGUACCAGUUUUCAGACCUGUCGAACAGCUUCAUCAUUUCAAACGUGGGAACCAGCCAGGUUAAAGAGCUGGCUAGCCUUGAGUGGCUCAAGGAAAACCAUACAAGGCCCCUAAUUAAUACCAACAUCAAGUUACUUCUCACCGGUUCCCGUUCUGGCGAAGUGACAAACACAAUAGUCAAAAGUGCUACAAUUAUAGCCACCGACAAAGUACCUCCGUACUUCUCCAUCACAAGAACGUCAAUCAACGAAGUGUCGUUAAUUCUUCCCAAAUCUCCUAAAAAAAGAGCGGCUCUAGGUUUCAGCUCAAGAGAUACCAUCGGCUCGGAGCAAGAUGUCAUAAUUCCAAUUAUCGUAGACUUGUCGCUGCUCCCAUUCGACUCGCCCGGUAUAGUGGCUGGACUUGCUAGCAAGAUAAUGUUGGGUGUGGAAAAGCUUCCGCAUGCGGUUAGCUAUCCAUUUGAAAUGAACUACUUGUCUAUGGCAAGAGCCGGAAUAAUAAUGAUACCCCAAGAGAACGUUAUGUUUGUGUCCAAGGUACUCAAUGACGACAUAGACGAGUGA